CCCAGCCUGCUCCCGGUGAAGCACGGAGACACACGGGAUUAGGAGCAGCAGACGCUCCGGUCCUCGGAGUGCAGGACGUCCCCGGUCACAUCGUGGGACAGAGGUGAGCCGUCUACGUGUGCCUGUGCCUGUGGAAGCUCCCGUUAUCAGCAUCGAGGGAGGCGCAUUACAGGGAGGAUCAGGACGCUGCAUCAGCGGGACUCUUUAUUCUAAAGCAGCAGGUUUAAUGGGGCCUGUCAGUCUUAGUUAGCCUGGCAGUCCGGUGGAGCCAGCCCGAUGUGUUUGGGUGGAGGUGGUGGUCACUCUGGCUGCUGGUGUCAUGGUUCCAGUCGGGGAUGGGCCCGAGCUUCUGUUCUGCGGAGCAAACAGCGCAGUGAUACGCGGGAUCUGCGUGUUUGGCCGGCUCCCGAUGCCGUGGAACUGCGGCAUCCAUCAAGCUUGCGGGAUGACGGAGGGAACCGAGCCUCCUCUCUCCCCCACACGCUGAGGAGGCGUUCAUGGGCAGCGGGAAUUCUAAAGACUGCGUGACUUGGAAGAGUUAAUGUACGUAUACUUCAUUGAUCCCCGUGGGGAAAUUCCUCUCUGCAUUUAACCCAUUCACUCAGUGAAGCAGUGGGCAGCCAUUGGGCGCCCGGGGAGCAGUGUGUAGGGACGGUACCUUGCUCAGGGGUACCUCGGGGUAGCCGUUCAGUCGAUUUGAACCCCCGACCUUCCGAUCAUGGGGCCACCACUCUACCUACUCAGCUAUCCCUGCCCUCCAAGAGUUGAAACUUUGUCAGCCAGGAGCUGUUGGGGACUUGGCCAGGGACAGCAUGGGGGGGAUGAUGAACAGGUGAGAUGUUUGGCUCAGUAACGGAAGAAGGACAUGAACUGAGCAGUAACCUACAGCACACAUCGGGGUGAUGCCUGCAACAAAGAUGCGACCACAGCAGUGCCGUGGUUAAACAAUACUGUCCCCUCAUUGGUCUUUGUGACACUAUGAUGGUGGGAGGCACCAUCACCUCGUACACGAGGACUGCGGUGGUCUGAGAAACAGCAUCUGGAGAACUGUCAGCACUAUGGACUACCACUCCGAGUGCUGCUUCUGCGACCCAGAGGAGGGUCACGGCAGCCUAGAUGAGCCAGCUCUUCAUAGCAUCCACGCACCCAACCGGAUCCGGCCCUCCUCGUACCGAGCCUUGAGGAGUGCUGUGUCCAGCCUGGCCCGCAUCGAUGACUUCUUCUGUGAGAAGAUCGGUUCAGGCUUCUUCUCGGAGGUCUUCAAGGUGCAGCACAGGAUCACAGGGCAGGUGAUGGCACUGAAAAUGAACACGCUGGCUAGCAACAAAGCUAACAUGCUACGAGAAGUCCAGCUUAUGAACAGGCUGUGUCAUCCCAACAUUCUUAGGUUUCUCGGGGUUUGUGUGCAUGAAGGUCAGCUGCACGCUUUGACUGAGUACAUAAACGGGGGUAACCUUGAGCAGCUGUUGGACAGUGACCUGUAUCUGUCGUGGGGAGUCAGGAUGGCUCUGUCUCUGGAUAUCGCCCGAGGGCUCCAGUACCUGCACAGUAAGGGCAUAUUCCACAGGGACCUCACAUCCAAGAAUUGUCUGGUUCGCUGUGAAAAUGGCACGUUCACUGCUGUGGUGGGAGACUUUGGCCUGGCAGAGAAGAUCCCUGAUUACAGUGAUGGUUCAGAGAAACAGCCUCUGGCCAUUGUGGGCUCUCCGUACUGGAUGGCCCCUGAGGUUCUGAGAGGAGAACUUUACAAUGAGAAGGUGGAUGUGUUUGCUUAUGGCAUCAUCCUGUGUGAGAUCAUUGCCCGGAUUGAAGCUGAUCCUGAUUUUUUACCAAGGACUGAGGACUUUGGUUUGGAUGUGGAUGCAUUUGAGAACAUGGUCGGGGACUGCCCACCAGCAUUCUUUAAUCUCGCCGUGACCUGCUGUAACAUGAAUGCAGAGAGUCGACCCUCGUUCUCUGACAUCGUCUUCACGUUGGAGCCCCUGGAGAGGGAGGAGCAGGGAGACACGCCUGUUGCACUUGAGCCUGUGGCAGCAGACGUCAGCCCGUACCGAUGCCGGAGCUCUCCCUAUCACCCUGCAGACCACAGUCAGCUAUGGCAAGGCUUGGCCAGGAGCCAGUCAGACACGAUACCUCCAGGAAGCCUGCCUUCUCCUUUACUCGGGACCCCAGCAAGGGUCAACCCAUUCUCUCUCAGACAGGACCUAAACGGAGGACGGUGCAAACUGUUGGACACUCCCAGCAAGUCCGUCAUCUCGCUGACCUUUACCCUACCUGCACUUCCUGACAUGUGCACCUCCCCCCACCUUCUUAAAAAAGCGUCAGCGAUGAGAGUGCCUCCGAGAAGGUGCCAGUCUCUGCCCUGCACCCCAGAGCUCAGCCGGACUGUGGCUCUGCCCAGACACGCAGCGGGGGAGGAAGAAAAAAAGGAUGAGGAUGCUCGAGAGGUGGCGAUGAAGCAUAGGACGUGGGAGGAUACGAAGGAUGACACAAUGAAGGGGACAAAGCUUUCAGAGAGAAUACAAGGAAGGCUGCAGGUUGGCCAUGCAGACAUGAGACAUGAGCCAAGUGUGAGGAGAGAGUCUUUUGGAAAGGAUAGGCGGGUGGCAGAGGAUCCUGGUUUUCCUGUAGAAUUGGAAAUGGUGUCUCUGGAGCGAUUGGAAGAGGAAGAUGACGAAGAAGAGGAGGAGAGCACAAGUUUUACAGAACCCAUGGACUGCACCAAAUCUCCUGAGGCAACAGAGAGUGUCCUGAACUCUACACCCGAAAGACCUUUGCUCACCUCUACCUCCUGCAACUCCAUACGGACCAAGGGCUGGCGGCUUCCCUUCUCACCGUCUGCCUUGCCUCCUCUGCCACGACUGAACAACAACAACGGCUCAGGCCUUGUAAUCAGUCAGCAAGUGCAGUGGGGUCGAGGAGGCCGCUCAAGUGACUACAGUGGAGCCCUGUCCUCGGACCCAAGGGAGCCCUCUGAGCAGGAGGAGGCAAUUUCCUGUCCAGGCUGCUGCCUGGUAGGCCUGAGUUUCCCUUCGCUGUGCCUCCGUGGUUCAGCUGCCAUACCUGCCCCCCGCAGAAGGGCUUCGUUACCACGGCAGCGGCCCUACCGGAACCUCAACGGUACCAUAACUGGUGGCAGCGCUUCCUCGUCAGCAGUCGCAACCAAAACAUUGCUGUGUCACAACACAAAUGGAUUAGUGGGGGCGGGGCCCUCUGUGUCGUGUGAGCCCGGCCGCUCCCUGCCAGAAGCCCAGUCAUAAGAAUCCUCGAAGGCGCUUGUUUUGAACUCGUGGCAAAAUGAAGUGGACAAAGUGGGUACUCAAUGCUUAAUACUGACUCUAGCAGCUGUGCAGUCACUGUAGCCUGUGCUAACAUACUGCUGAUUAGAGCGCCAUCUAUUGGGAUGGAGGAUUAAACAUAACAAUCUGUCACAGUGAGAAGCAUGGUGGCAUAAAGUAAGAGGUGGCCAGGGUUCAGCUGCUUACUUUAUUACUUCCAACAUUGUAUGCUGAGCAGAUCUAUACAUCUAACCAGUCAGGGUCAACAUUACUGCCUCUGGGAUGGUGCUCAUUCAGACAGAGCAGCUAGUCUGGCUUACACUGAACUCCCAUCUCCACUGAAGCAAACACGCUCUAUGUAGAACUGGUUUCCAGACACAUGUGACAAAGAGGGGCAGGCCUGACUGAAUCCACUUGCCAAUUGGGCAGUCAUUAGCCAGUGAGCAAGAGGAAAACGCCACAGCUAACACUCCUCUUUGAAACGUGGCGUAAUCAUCUUUACAAAUCGAUUCCAUUUUUUAUUCAGUAUGACGUAAAAUCGAGUGACUGAACUCGGCAGCAAAGUGCCUCCAGAGGACUGGAAAUCUUUUUGCAACCACAGCUAUCAUCAUCUGGUCCCCUGAGAUAAAUGCAGGUUUACAGGCACUUCCACAUUGGCUUCAUUUUUCUUAACAGAAAGCUACAUCCAUAUUUUGUACUGUGUUCUCAGUGAUGAGUAACGAGAGCUAAAUUAUUUAAUUAUUUAUUUACAUCUCUGUAUAGACAAUUUCUAGAUGUUUUAGUUUUUACAAAAAUGGUGUCAAAAAUAAAUUUGAAUUGGGAAAAAAUAUGAAUUUCCUAAUAAAAUAAGUGUAAAUUAGCUAACUGUGUUUAUGAGUAUAAAUAAUCAGUAAAUGAUUUAUAACUUGGCAUACUCCCUUGAUAACACCUGUAUCCUAACCAAUUGGUAAUUAGAAACUUGAAAUUUCCAUGUGCAAGCCACUGAUGUCACUACUUGUAAGACUGUAACGUCCCCAAUGCAAAAAAAAGCUUAAUUUUGGUUAGCCAUCCAUUCUCUUAUCCUUGUCAGGGUCACUGGAGCCUAUCCCAGCUGUCUUAGGGCAAAGGGCAGGGUACACCCUGGACAGGUCGCCAGUUUGUCACAGAGCAAACAACCACUCACAUUCACACCUAUGAGCAAUUUAGAGUUACCAGUUAAACUAACCCCACAAACUGCAUGUCUGUGGAAGGAAGCUGGAGUACCCGGGGAGAACGCAGGCAGAAAGACCCCGGCCUGAUGGUGGAAUUGAACUCAGGACCUUCUUGCUGUGAGGCAACAGUGCUAACCACAGUGCUGCCAAUUUUGAUAAUAACAUUAUUAAAAUUACCUUCUUUUUUUUAAAAAAAAUCCAGAACUCAAUUUUCUGCAGAAGUCCAAAAGAUGAGAUGCUUAUGCUCCAAAGUGCCUUGCUUGUUUUCCCUUCCUAGUGCCAACACUAGCUAAGGGUAGCUUUGAAGAAACAGCUCCUUUUUGCUGCUCCCUUACUAACCAGGGGUCGCCACAGCAGAUGGCUCUGUGUUUCUGAUUUGGCAGAAUUGUAUACCCUUUAUGAGACAGAGAUAGACUGUACUCUUGGUCUCAUACCAACAACCAUUCACGUGUUAGGCAAAUGUGUAAACCACUAUCUAUAGAGCUGCUAGUGCUAGCUUAGAAGUCAAAUCCAGGAAUGUCAACAAACAUCAAGGUCUUCAUAAACUCCACAUAAAGACAAAAAAACCAACAUUGAUGUAACUUCUCAUAGUAUUUUGCUAGUGACAAUAGCAAAUCAGCUGAGGCUAAACAAAUAGCUUUUAUACUUGGUAAUAAGAAAAUUGCCCAUGUUGGCAGAUAUGCUAACAUGAGCUAACAUUAGCUAGAAGAAUGUUAGUUCUGUCUCACAAAUGUAAACUCUGAAACUACUGUCAGUAUUCUACUGCCAGGGCAUUCGGUUUAUAGUAGGAACAUUUGUUUUUUCUGUCUUUCCUCUGGUUAAUGUUAAUCCGUACUAGCAUUCUUGCUAACAUGUGCAAUUUGCAAGCUAACCCAUGCAACAAAAUACUGGUUUGAUUUGGAUAAGGAUGAAUGAUGCAUUCAAACUUCUAGGGCUGAUGGUAACUUAGCUGAACUUAACUUAAAAUUACUUUAUCAGCUUUAGCAACUAAAGCUUUCGUUACAGCUGGGCAGUUUGCCAAAUUGCUAUACCAAGGAAUGUGAUUCAUAAUCCUAACCUUACUAUAGGUAAGUAGCCCAUUUCUGGCAUUGGUUGCCCCAAAUGUAGUAUUCAUGAUGCUGAUACUCAGGUAUAGAAUAUAUACUAGCCACUACUAGUUAGUGUGAUGCUGGAGGACUAUUUGUAUAUCCAGACCUACAUCCCUAGCACUGUGCACCACUGGAGUAUGGUCAGCUGCAACCAUUAUCAUUCAUUUUGGGGCAAAAAUUCAUGCUUGCACUUCUUCAAACUAUUCUCACAAGCUUGGACAGCACUAAUCCCUGCAAAACUGUGUUCGAAGGGGUUGGUUUUCUGCAAUUUAUACACACUGAUCUUUACUUUAUAUUGUAUAUAAAAGAUGGAUGAAGCAACUGUGAUGUCAACCAUUGGUUUGUGGAUUCUUCAUUUUAAAGCCUUUAGCUAUAGUGCUUUGGCUGGUGCCAUGUUGAUCCUUUGGAGCCAGACGUGACCAUAUUUAGACCUGAGACUUUUGUAAUAAGAUAUCAGCUAAAAGACGCAGUGCAUUGAUACACAUACUUGCUAAUUAAGAGGCUAAUAAAAUAUUAGAAUUCCAGUUACCAAAGCUGGAGGAUGAACUUCCGAAACAGUCUGUACCGCAUGAUCAUUUUAUUAACACUCUCAUGACUGAGAGGUCCAGUGUUAGUGACUCAGCUGGGGGAAGUAAGGUCGAACAGACAGAUACCAGCUACAGCCAGCUGUGUCAGCACAUAGUGAAAGCGACCUCACCCCUAACAUCUAGCCUUAAUAAAACUGGUGUUAUUAGGAAAUUCACUUGCAAUACAGCUAUGAAGGUGGGAACGAUCCAUAGAGACCAAAAUAUUUGUUCGCUUUUAUGAAUAGUUUCCAAACCACUGUCAAAAAACAUUUGAUGUGUGGUUGGUAGAUUUUGAGUGUGGUGACAAGCAGAUGGUAUAAAGAAUGAAAUGUCCACAUGCUGUGAGUCAGACGGCUGUAAGAGAUUUAGACGGCAUAUAUUAUUACAGAAAAGACUUAAACCAGGACGCUCUUUUAAACUGUGUUGUAGUUUUUGGUGUGGUAGGGAGGAGCUGUAUUUGUACACCUCAUUUUGCUGACAUGUAAAGAGGAAGUUGAACUUGCGUUGCAGCUCUGAUGCAGCAUCCCUGAUGGAAACACUACUGUGCUGCUGCAGAGUGGAAACAAACUGAAACAUGUGAUUUCAGUUUGUCCUUACUGCUCCCAGCAGUCUGGACGCAGGAAGAUAACCACAUGCUUUUGAUUUUGUGUGACAGUAGCGGAGGAGGAAUAUUUAUAAAGUUAAUAAAGAUGACCUGCUUCCUACGUUUUUUAUAGAAGUCCGAAUUUGUGUGUAUGUGUGUUUGAGAUGGAGCGACUGGUAUUUGUUGAAGGAAGAAGCUCUUCAUUUAGAUUCUUUAUUUUUGCACUUGAGCGUGGAGCACUUUGCAGUAAGAGACCAGGCUUCUGUUAGAUGGCGCUUUAUUUAAAUCUGUGCUACUGCUGAUUUUUUAUGUUUAUGUGUGUGUGCAUGUAUUUCUGGCUCAACAAACUACCCAGCUUUCAUCAGAUAUCCUCCAGUGUAUGUUACUUAUCUACAUGUUCAUUUUGAUUGCACUGUUGUAACUGGAAAAUAUGAAGCCGGUAUGCAUAUUUAUUAUACAAAUCAUUUCACACACUGUGUGUGUAUGUGCUUUGGAGCGAAAGGUAGAGUGAUGUAUACUCACAGGAUAAUCUUUUAUCCCUUAAUUUCUUACUUUAUUUCCAAGUUCUGUUCCUGCUGUACAGCUAGAAACCUGUGUGCAAUCAUCUGGUAAUAAACACAUAUAACUGUG